UCCUGGAUCCUACGGAGAGGCAAGAUGGCUGCCUCCAGCCCGAGCCGGUGUCUUUUUCCUGCAGCAACAGCGCUCCAGCUUCUUCUUUUCUUCAGCCGCUGCAGUUCGGCGGUCGGUCACGGAGCGCAGGAUCAAGCAGAACAAUUUUUUAGAAGUGGUCAUACAAACAACUGGGCCGUUCUGGUGUGCACAUCUCGAUUCUGGUUUAACUAUCGCCAUGUGGCCAAUACUCUCUCAGUUUACAGAAGUGUCAAGAGACUUGGAAUUCCUGAUAGCCAUAUAGUCUUAAUGCUAGCAGAUGAUAUGGCCUGCAAUCCAAGAAAUCCGGCUCCAGCCACUGUGUUUAGUCACAAAAACAUGGAACUGAAUGUCUAUGGAGAUGACGUGGAAGUGGAUUACAGAAAUUAUGAGGUUACUGUGGAAAAUUUUUUGAGAGUGUUAACAGGACGAAUCCCAGCAAGUGCGCCUCGUUCCAAACGUUUGCUUUCUGAUGACAGAAGCAAUAUUCUCAUAUAUAUGACAGGUCAUGGUGGGAAUGGUUUCUUGAAAUUUCAAGAUUCGGAAGAAAUCACGAAUGUGGAACUCGCUGAUGCCUUUGAACAAAUGUGGCAGAAAAGGAGGUACAAUGAAUUGCUGUUUAUCAUUGAUACAUGCCAAGGAGCAUCCAUGUACGAACGGUUUUAUUCUCCCAAUAUAAUGGCUUUGGCUAGCAGCCAGGUUGGAGAAGAUUCACUUUCUCAUCAACCAGAUCUUGGCAUUGGCGUCCAUUUGAUGGAUAGAUAUACAUUUUACGUCUUGGAAUUUUUAGAAGAAAUUAAUCCAGCAAGCCAGACAAAUAUGAAUGACCUGUUUCAGGUAUGCCCUAAAAGUUUGUGUGUGUCAACACCUGGACACCGGACAGAUCUGUUUCAGAGAAAUCCUGAUAAUGUCUUGAUAACUGAUUUUUUUGGGAGUGUACGAAAAGUGGAAAUUACAACUGAGACAGUUUCUUUGGAUCCUAAUUUGGCACCUGCAGAGACAAGGCCUGUUAUGGAUGAAAUAGCCACGGAACCUUUAAAAUAUGCAGAACAGCUUCCAGUAGCACAAAUAAUACACCAGAAACCGAAACAAAAGGACUGGCAUCCUCCCGGAGGCUUUAUUUUGGGACUUUGGGCUCUAAUUAUCAUGGUCUUCUUUAAAACCUAUGGAAUCAAGCACAUGAAACACAUCUUUUAGAACUUCAAAGCAACAGAGUUUGAACUGUGAAUGUCUCCAUACCUGAAAAUAUUUGAAUGGAUAAUGUCGUGAACUUGUCUGAUCGAAAUACUUCGUCACAUUUUGCUCCAUCUCUUAAAAUGAACUUUAAUUUAAAAAAAAAAAAUUUUUUUUUCAUUUUUAAAACACAAUGUAAUUUCAUAAAAGGGCUGAAGUUAUUCCACUUGGAACUUUCUACCUGCAAAAAUCCACUAGUGGAAAAACAAAUCUGUACUGUACAAGGCUACUUUGAAAGAAGACAAGCAGUUAAGAAACAUCUUUCCUUCAAGAUCACUGCAACUCUACAAUACAAGGAAGCAUCAAGAAUGCUACCAUGAAGACAGACUCUAGAUGAAAAAAAUCCUCUAAGUAUACUAUUGUAAGUGGCAGCAUUACUAUCUUAGAAAAUUUGUUUCUUCUUCUUUCUGUCAUAUCUGAAAUGACACUGUAUUAUUAUUUUUCAUUAUGUAGAGCAGCUGAUGAGUAGCCUUUAUUUCUAUAAUAGCCAGACAAGAAUCUCUUGUUACGGAAAAGAAUGGUUGGAUCAAACAGUGGGAGGGAAUAGAUGAAUGCAGAGGAAACUCUAUAGACAAUUUAUUAAAAUAUUUUUAAAUCAAUGAACAUCUUCUGAGCUGUACUGAAAAAUAGUCAUGUCUAUUAUUAUUUAUAAAAAAUAGUUCCCCUGUCAUUGAAGCAAAGGUUUAGACAAUAUGCGGAACCUUAUUUAAGAUGACUUCUUAUUGAUAUAUACUUAAGUCACUUUGCAGAUUUUUGCUGUAUGUAUUGAAUAUCUGCUCAACAAAACAAAAAUACUCUCAGGGAAUAUUGAUUAGCACUGUUUCAAUUCAGCCUCUUAAAUCAAACCUUUGUCUGCAGCUAUUAUAUUUCUUGGAUUGCAUGACUCAUUCAAAUUUACAACCAACAGCAAAUUCAUCAGUUCUUCAGCAAAUAUGCAGUUAGAUUUUCCACAUCCAGUCCGCUAGCCUGAUGGAUCCAGAUUACAUUCAAAAGUCAUGAGCAUAAAAAACAUGUUUAAUAAGCUUUAGACUGAGCUAUAUAUUUGUGUACAUACAAUUCCUGAGGUAGUAUGUUCAUGGAGAAAGGUAUAGAUAAAUAUUUUUGAGUGGAUUAUAUUAAAUCAUUUAAAUCAAACCUGCACAUAUAUGUGUACUUUUUUUUACUUAGGAUACAAAAGCUGGAUAAUAUAUCAUAGAACAUUGUCUUCUCAACCUUGGCAGCUUUAAUAUAUGUGGACUUCUGGAAUUCCCCAGCCAGCAAGGGGAAUUCUGGGAGUUGAAAUCCACACAUCUUCAAACAGUCAAGGUUGAGAAACAUUGCCAUAGAGCUAGGAUGCAUUGCUACAAGUUCUGCAUUAUGGUGAGUAUAAUUCUCCAUUGAGGGUAUUCUAUUUUAUAAACGCAAUACCUCAUACUGACCAGUAUGAGGAAUGAAAUCAUUUUGUAUGUUUCAGAUUUUACUUCAUACAUAAUUAGUUGGGUUUAUAUAAUAUUGUUGAAUGAAUCAGAGGCAAAGAGAAGCUGUGGAUUACUUAUAUAGAUAAAAUAAGACCAAUAUUGCUAAAUUUGAAUUUGAUUGGAAGGUAGUUGUCUUGUCACAAAAGACCACUUUUUGUAAGUAUACUUAUUUAGCAAAACAGCAGUGAUUAAUGUUAAAAUUUUGUUUAUUGAUUGUUGAGAUUCAGUACUUCAGAAUAAAACAGACUUAAAGUUUAUGGUUUAUAUGAUGGCCCCAUUUUGCCUCCAGGAAGAUCAGUUAAGAAUAAUCUGCUUAAAUUUAAGUGUUUCCAAAAAUGUGUGUGUGAAUGCAAACAUUUUAAAAAAUACGAUUUGUAUCUGUAUAUGGAAUUUCUAGAGUCUUGAAUAUAACAUUUUUCAACCAGAUGUAUUACAGAUACCUACUUUACUUUUUAAAUUUUAUUUCUAAUUUUUUUGAUAUUUUAAAAAUCUAAUAAUAGCUUUGUGGAUGGACAUUGUGAAAAUGGUUAAAAUCAAUAGAACCCUGCUAGAACUAAUCAAUGGUGUCCCUACUUUGUAAGCUUCAACCUAAAAUCUGUCCAGCUCAGUAAAACCAGUAAUUUUGAGGGGGGGGGGCAGGAGGCAAGUCUGUGGGAACACAGGAGCAUCAGUUAUAGGCCAAGAUAAUUUGCUUAGAGAAAGGAGACUGUUAAGUAAAUCCAAUUUAUGAAGCAGGGAAAGCAGUAAAGCUGAUUAACAGAGGUGAGGAAAACAAUUAGAUUGAAAUGCUGCAAUUCAUGUUCCAUAACUUUGAAAAUAAAAUUCUUUCUAGGAAUGGAAGGCAAAUGGACUGUAACAGUCCCUGUAUUUGCUAAUGCUUCCAGGAGAAAUCUUUGAAACACUUUAGAGACACAAUGCAAUACUUUUACAAGCAAGAAUAUCAUGAUUCUGGACUAUGUUAACAGAGUCCUAUUGUUUAUUCCUGGGAAAUUUAUAUUGAUGUUAAUCAUGCUAUGUUGAACAAAACUUUUUUUUAAAAAAGAGAAUAUUCUAGAAACUCUUUUCUCCCUCCCCCUCAUUUAUGAGCAAGUUAGCUCUUUGUAACUAAUUUCAUAUAGUCUUAGUUGGGUUUCUGGAGAGGAAAUCAUUUCCUAUCAGAUUGUAACUGGGUUCAAGGGAAAAAAAAAGACAAAUGUAACUCAGCAAGUUUGACUAUUAUCACCACCUUUUUUAUUUAUAGUAUUAAGAAUUGCUUUCAUAGUUCCUUCAUAAUUGUAAUAGGAGUUUUUUAAGAGUUUGCAAUCUUGGAAACUAGAUUCCCCUCCAUUCCAACAUAACCCUUGUCAUUUUCCCCCUUAUAUGUCAUGAAAGGUGCAGGUGCAUACCUGAAGAACAUUCAUUUAUGCAGAAAUGAGUAAUAUUGCACCAGUUGUUUAAUCUGAAAUUUUGUGUGCAGUUACUUCUCAUUCUUCAUGACCGGAUAAUUUCAGCGGGAUUAUCUGUCGGUAACAUCUUGAGUUUUUGUAGGAUUACGCUUGUACCAUCAAUGGUAGUAUCUAAUCACUGUGUCUUUUGUCAGACUCUUUUCAAUUGCCUCCAAUUUUGGUCUCCAAUUGGGUGCAUUUAAGCUUCAUUAUUAGCACUCCCAGCAAGCAGUUCUUGAGUGAUUUGUUGUUCCCAUGCUCCAAGAUAUUAUCAACAAAUUUCUCCAGCACAACUCUAAAGCAUCCAUUUUUCUUUGUUCAGCCUUUCUGAUGACAGCUUUUACUGUCACAUAUUUUUUAACUUAGAAAACCAGGGAUUUGAUAAUGCAUAUUUUUGUUUUCUGUUUUCCUAUUCUGGCAUUUUGUCCAAAUUUAUCAUGGUCCUUUUCCAAGCAGCAGACAUCUCUUUGUUUCAUGACUAGAGUGAAUCCUGAAUUUUGGAAAAUAAAGGCUGUUAGUACUUUAGCUUUACCCAGUUUCAUUGGGCUGUCAUUGCCUCUUGACAUAAACUUAAUAGAUUUUGUUUUCAAAUGAAAAACAGAGAAGCAUUUUUUUCACUUGCAACAAUUCCUUAAGUUUAUAUUAAGCUAUAUUCUAGCAUUAUCACCAGCAUUCCUGACUGUAUGGUUUGCAUAUAAUUUAAAUAAGAUGACAGUAUACAGCUUGUGCCAUAUACCCCUAUAGGGUCACCCAAAUAUUCUGGGCAACAAUCUUAGGCCAGAGGUGAAACGCUUCCGGUUUGGAUCGGAUCGCCUGAUCCGGUAGUGAUGGAGGCGGGUGGUUCGGAGAACCGGUAGCAAAAAUCCCUGCCCCCCCCCCCAUUCCCAGCUGAGCCACACAAUCAUCAGAGGCUUUUUUUUUUAUUUUUAAAAGCAUUUUUUCUACAACCUCUUCGGAGAUUUUUUUUUCUUUUAAAUGCCUCUGACAAUCCAAGCUGAGUUGUCUGAUCGUCAGAGGUAUUUAAAAGAAGAAAAGUCUCUGCUGAUCAGGCAACUCAGCUGGGAUCGUCAGACCCUUUUGAAAGCAUUUUUUUACGUCUUCCCCGAAGAGGUUGUAGAAAAGAUGGUUUUAAAAGUUUUUUUUUAAAUGGCCACGCCCACCCAGUCACAUUACAAGCCACACCCACAGAACCGGUAGUAACAAAUUUUAGAUUUAGAUCACCAUUGUCUUAGGCAUACUUACUAUCCUUUUAAUUCACAUGGAGUUGUGCAAAGGUAAGUGCUUUUAAAUACUAUGUUUCAAUUUUUAUGCUGUGUGUAUUUUGUAUUAUUGUUCAGAUCAUAAAUUUUCUAUUUUCGCUUAAAGCUGACUCUUAAGCAAAACUGCACACGAUUUCAGAGAGCCAAUAAUUAGCAUUUUUAUUACUUAUUUUUUGUAUAAGACCCAAAUACUUAUUAUGAUAAUCAUUAUUCUGUUGUUUUGCAUGUACACUGAGAACUUCUGCAUUGGAGAUAAAUUCCUUGUGUGUCUAAUCACACCAUACUUUAUUGGCUAAAUAAAGCUAUGCUAGGCUAUGCUAUUUAUUCUAUUCUAUUCUUAUAUUCUAUUCUAUUCUGUUUCUACUCUACUCUGCUCUAUUCUAAUAUUCCAACCUGUUCUUUCUACUUGCUUUGCUUUACUUUAAAUAAAAAGGACUGGCAUUGUGGGAAUGCAUGCCUCCCACCUUCCCAAUACAAAUCUCUAUUUUUCAUGCAAGGAUAAAAAAUAUAAUACUUCUGCUUUCAAUGUAAGCUGCCUUUUUUCCCCCUCCAAGCCAUCAAUACGUGCUGUCCUAACAUGCCAUUUUUCAAUCUGUGUAAAAAGUCUGUUGCCUGAUAAAGCAAGCUGUACUGAAAAUCCUUAUCACAGGAUUCCCACAUUAGUAUUUGGGUCUUAUACAAAAAAUAAAUAUGCCCUGACUCAGAAAGGGAUCACAUAGGUCUGAAAGAGACUCCAAAGAGAUGCAAAUAAAUAAAAGUGUGAUUCAUCUCCCUACUUUUGCAGCAGGAUUGCAUACAAGAAUUUCCCUUUCAAGAGUAUAAUUCUUCUGAUCCGUUUGAUCUGAAGCCUGAAUAUGAGAUAUUCUCCCAUUUGCAGCUCUCGACAACUCUGUGGUUAUUACUUUUCAAAGAGGCGUUUUCUGGUGCAGUCACAGACAACAGACAUUAUUGUUGAAAAAUUGAAUAGAAUAGUGAAUAACAAUUGGAAAUUAUCAGGGACUAUGUAACAGUCAUGUUGUCUAUCCAGGUCAUAGGCCAGGCCCUUCUUUCAACAAUACAAUACCUUUGUAUGUAAUGAUCAAAUAGCUAACAUUCUCCCAAUGAGUGUUAUCCAACUGCUGGAAUUCAAGCCUAAUUCUCAUUGCUGAAGAAAUGUGGAUAAUCACUGCAGUCUGGAUUUAAUUAUUUGUAUAUCAGAUUUUAUGAAAUGUGCAAAUUAAAUGGCGCAAGAAGCGCUCUCAAUGUGCAACCCACUUUUCUUUAAUGUAUGGCAAUCUCUGAUUUCCUAUUCUUUGAGAUGAGGUAUCGUUGUUUGGAAAGAAACAUGAGGUAUUAGUAAAGUUGUGCAAUUUCUUAUCAAUUCAUAAUAUUUUAUUCAAUAAUAAAGAACAGAUGUAUUUGUGAGAAAUACUUCCACCAUAAUAAAAAAAGAAGGAAAUGA